CAUGAGGAGGAGUAUAUGGUUUGGUAUAAAGCCCCGGAGACACAACUGGUUGCACGUCAUUUGACAUUGUUCUCACUCUAUUCCUCCGUACACACGUACCUUGUUCCUAGACAAACCACUCAAUCAUUUUCUCACGAGCUUCGGUUGCCCUGGCGAUACAGCUGGUCACUCUCUUUGUCGGUCUCUGAGAUUAAAGACUUGUUAGUCUGUACCCUCUCAUUCAUGAGCACUAUAGCAACCAUGUGCCUUGUAACAAUACAAGGUGUUCAUCGUCAGCAUUUAAAAAGGACCGGUUGGGUUAAUCAUAACGUCAAAGAGCCAGAGACAGUUGCGGGGCACAUGUACAGAAUGAGUCUAAUGUCCUUCCUCUUCUCUAAAGACAACUCGAUUGAUUACAAUAAAUGUGUUAAGAUGUCACUGGUUCACGAUCUAGCUGAGAGUAUUGUUGGGGACUUGACUCCGUCUUGUAAUGUCAGUAAAGAAGAGAAGCAUCAGAGAGAGAAAGAUGCUAUGGUAAAGAUUUCUGAGCUUGUUCCCAAAGAGGUUGGUCAGGAAUUAUACUCGCUCUGGACGGACUAUGAAGAGUGUUUGUCACCAGAGGCAGUAUUAGUUCAUGAUCUGGACAAGUUUGAUAUGAUAUUUCAGGCAUAUGAAUACGAGACAGAUCAAGGUAGAAAGGGUGAACUGCAGCAAUUCUUUGAUUCAACAAAAGAUAUUUUCAAAAGUUCAACUGUGCAGCUGUGGACUGCUCAAUUAUUAAAAAUCCGCCAAGAGAGUGAGACCAUAGAAAAAGAAAAAUAAUAAUUACUGAUAUUCAAUUUAUUAAUGAUUUUGAGAAAAAUUAA